CUCAGUGUGUUUUUCAUAUCUGAGAACCACAGAAGGAUUGACAGUUUCUUAGAGCACAUACAUCUUUCUACUGCAGGCUUCAUCAAACACUGCCUUCAAUCGAGGCCUGAUCUUCAAGUCACCUUGUUUCUCUCACUUCACACUCUUCUACCAAUCAGAAACACAGCUACUCAUCGCAGUGCGUGUUCUUGACGUGUCUACAAGGGCAGGAGUGAGUUGUUUUUGAGACUUUUUUUUUUUUGGUUAAACUCAGUCAUAAAAGAGCCAAACGGAUGAUCUGCACCCACUGAGGAGAAACAACUGGUAUCACAGCUUGGCAGAGAAAUGAGUCUGCAGUUCUGCUGAUCAGGAGCAUCAUGGGCAGCAGGCCAAGUAAAGGGAGGCGUAGCAGUAUCCCUCAAACACCCCUGCUGGAUUUGGAUGAGCCCAUGGAUGGCAGGUAUGUAGUGGUUGCUCUGUAUAACUACCCGGCAGGAGGUCCCUCCGAUUGCACUAUCAGAUUUGGGGAGAGACUCAACGUGCUUUCUGAUGAAGGCGAGUGGUGGAGAGUGAGUUCCUCAGCUACAGGAGUCGUGAGCUACAUCCCCAGCAGCUACACAUGUAAAGUGUUUAACAGGUGGCAGUUUGUAGGUCUCAGUAAACAGAAGGCAGAAGAGCUGCUUCUCAGCCCUCAGAAUCACCCUGGCUCCUUUCUCGUUAGAGAGAGCCAGACCAUACCUGGUGCUCACUCACUCUCGGUGCGACUUGAGCGCCAGUCCAUCAAACACUAUCGUAUCAAUACUAUAGAGAACGGCUGGCACUACAUCUCCCCCCGCCUCACCUUCCCCACUCUCACACACCUCGUCGAGCACUACUCUGAAGUGUCUGAUGGCCUGUGCUGUUUGCUGAAAGAGCCAUGCUUCAUUCAAGGCUCCAACAACGUUCCGGUUGUAAGCGGCCCUCCUCCUAUAUCAGUCAGAAAACCCACCAUCAACUGGAAAGAUGUCAACAGCUCCAUGAUCUUUGGGCCCCAAAAGGAAGGUGUGGAAGAGUCGCUUGUCAGUGAGGGGCUGAAGGAGUCCAUUAAUUCCUAUCUUUACAUGACUGAAAAUGGAGAAUGUAACGAAUGUGCUGGAAACUGGGACACGUGAGCUUGCGGGACCUUUGAAAGAAAGGAGAAGAGUUAAGGCUGAGGCUGACGGCCAGAUUUUACUGUUCCUCAGUUCCCCCUGGGACCUGCUGAGCUUUGCACUGACACACACAGAUCACUGGAAAGGCUCGGACAUGGACAGUACAGGAGUGUAGUAAAGACAUCGGUUCAGUAGUAGAGCAGAACAUUUGAAAAUGAAGCGGCAGCACUUUCCUGCAGUCCAUGUCAUUCUCUUUUAAGUCAUCACUCAUCUUCCAGUGUGGGUGAUGGAGAUUUUAGCGUCACAGAUUUCUGUGUGGACUUGUUCCUGAGGAUGUGAACGAAAAAAGAAAGAGAGAAACAGAAGUGACCGUGGGAGGCUCAAAGCAGUGCGUGCAGCCAUUUGUGCCGCUCAAACACUUCUGGAACUUUCUCAGUUUUCAUGGACUAGAGAGAGGCGAGGCCAUGACGGGAGACGCGAAACCUUUAUUUCUUGCUGAUUUUUUAAAAAAAAGGUUAUAUUGAACUGUUGGUUCUUAUUUAACAUUUUAAAAGUUAAGAGUACAGUACAUCUGUAAAUUCACUAUGUGCUUUUUGUUGAUUGUGUUCCAACACUGCAGUCACAUGUUAUUUAAUGCUGCUUCAAGAAAAAGCUUAAGAAACAAGUCCUGUCUUUUCACUCAUCAUAAUAUUCAGCUACAAGGGAAAAAAACACCAGUCUGCUUCAGGAAAUGUGUGUGUGUUACAGAGAAAGACAGAAAGCGAGAGAGAGAGUGCUUAUAUGCAAGUGCAUUGUUGUGGUAAAUUGUUUCCUGUGUAAGAAGGUAUUCGCACCUCACAGUUCAGGUUAAUUGUCAAUAGCUUCUGAGUUUUAAGUUUACCUGCUCACAAUACUAUACAUAGUGAUUUUAAAUGUGAAAUACAAAAUACCUACUAUAAAUAUUCUUUCUUUCUGUGCACUGUUCAUUCUGGCACAAAUGAGCUUUAAGCUUAAAGCAGCCUUUUUAUUGCUCGAGAGUUGAACUGUAUUUAUUUUAAUACUGUUAAUGUAAAUAUAGCAUAAUUACUUUUUAAAAAAGUAUAAUUAAUUUUUUAAUAGAAAAGAUGUUCUGUGUUUUUAUUUUAAUUAUGUCUAAAAAAGCCCCAAACUACCCAGGCUUUCCCCCCUAACAUUACCCUAAACUAGAGGGCUUUUUAAAAUUUUUUAUUAUUAUUUUUUUUUUCUUUCUCAUUUAUUUCCAUUGUAGCUCUUCUAUAUAUGAUUCUACAAUAUAUGAUUAACAUUGUUAUUUGAACAGUUAGGCCAGUCUGAAGGCUUAACACUAAUGUAUGGGCUGGUUAGUUGAUAUAAAUAAUCCACUGCUAGCUACACUGCUAGUGAAAACACAAGAUGUAUUACAUUCAAUUUUCUAUGAGGUCUGGGAAACAUCAUAAUUCACGAAAUAAAAGUUACACUUAUAGUCA